AUGCAGAGCAGCCUGGGUGCAUCUGGCGGGUACCCACCGCGUCCCACUGUCUGUCGGAACACAUGGAUGUCCCCAGCCCCAGGAAAUGGGGUCCCAGGGACCCCCAUGUAUCGCCCAGUCCUUCCCCGCAAGUGGGGGGCAGCAGCAGUGGCAGCCGGGGGGCCGGUGGAGCUGGAGGUGCUGCAGCCCCCGAGCCUCCUCACCCUGGACACGCUCCAGAAGUGCAUCUUCAGCCACGAGAGCCACUGCCAGCAGUGGCCCAGCCAGUACAUCCAGGCCAUCCUGGAGCUGAGCUCGUUGGUGGUCCGGCGCCAGCUCCAGCCACUUCUCCACCCGUGGUGGCUCUACAGCCUCUCCUCUGAUGGCCGGCGCUUCGCCCGCGCCGGUGCCACUGUCCACGCCGUCACUGCUGAUGUGGUGCAGCACCGGCGCCGGGCACUCGCCUGCCUGGGCCACCAGGCCUGGCUGGACGGCCACCGGGGAUGCAGCAUGGACUUCAUCGACCUCCUGCUGCUCACCAGGGACGAGAAUGGCCACACCCUGUCGGGCGAGGACAUCGCGGCUGAGGCUGACACCUUCAUGUUUGAGGCUGAGCACGAGCUCCCAGGCCAUGACACCACGGCCAGUGGCCUGGCAUGGCUCUCCUACAACCUGGCCGGCCAUCCUGAGCACCAGGAGCGAUGCCGCCAGCAGGUCCAGGAGCUCCUGGCUGGCCGGGACACUGCGGACAUUGAAUGGGAGGACCUGUCCCAGCUGCCCUUCACCACCAUGUGCAUCAAGGAGAGCCUGCGGCUGCACCCUCCUGUCACUGCUGUGUCCCGGCGCUGCACCGAGGACAUCCCCCUGCGUGAUGGCCGUGUCAUCCCCAAGGGGGCCAUCUGCCUGAUGAGCAUCUACGGGACCCACCACAGCCCAGACCUCUGGCCCGAGCCUGAGGUGUUCAAUCCUCUGAGGUUCAGUCCAGAGAACAGCAAGGGACAGUCCCCAUCGUCCUUCAUCCCCUUCUCUGCUGGCCCCAGGAACUGCAUCGGGCAGAGCUUUGCCAUGGCUGAGAUGAAGGUGGCAGUGGCAUUGACACUGUCCCGGUUCGUGCUGCGCAGGGACAACGCGAGGCCACCCCUGGGCAAGCCCGAGCUGAUCCUGCGUGCCCAGGACGGGCUCUGGCUGCUGCUGGAGCCACUGGUGGGAGUGGCCUGA